AUCACAAGUGUCAAAAUUUGCUUUUUAAUUCAAAGGACAACACGUGUUAGAAAUAGUAGAAAAAGCCGAUGUUAUUCGGACUAAGAUACAUACAUCAACUCGAAAUGCUAAAUGCUGUUACCAGCUAACAUAAUUUGUAAAUAUUCUGGAAGAUCACUUUCCACCUAUGGUCAAAAAUGGCUAUGUUUUACGACGAUUUUAAACCACUAGUGGAUCUGGUCCUAAACAAUUGGACUGCUUUACAAUUAGCUAUAGAUCAUGGAAUGGGAUCCAGCGGACCGAAAACAGGUCAACUCGUAUCAGACUACAUAACCCGGUACUGUGUUGAAAACUUGGGAGGAGACGUUGAUAACCUGACUGAAGUGUUGGAAGAUUUGAUGGAUGAGGAAUUCGAUACUAUGUGCGAGGAUAAUUCUCCUAAGGAAGUGGCAAUAGUACUGCUGCAAUACUUCACACUUCUCAGAGAGGGUAAACGAGAUGAAUUACAAGCAAGAAUUGCUGCAAUGCCUGUGUGCCAAAAAGGUUUGAGCCAAAAUGUUAGACAACCAAUGAAUCCUGGUGAGGAUUCAGACAGCAGUAGUGAAGAUGAAGGUAAUGAUGCACCUACAAAUGGCACUGUACCACAGUUAGUUGAUAGGCAACAACAACCUGAACCGGAACCAAUGGAUGAAGAUGUUGACCCGGGCUGGACUGUAGUGAGAACUAGGAGAAAAAAAUAGUGUAGUCUGUAAAUUUUAUAAUCAGCAGCUACAAUUACAUAAAAGGAUAAAGUUGCAUUUCAAUAUUUAUUUAUGAUAUUGAAAAUAAGAACAGAUAUUUAAGCAUAAAUAUACAUCUGUUUAUUUUGUAUUUGAUUACAAAAAUUACUAAUAUAAUAAAAUAAGUUUUGUUA